AUGGUCAAGGGAGGCGACCCGCGACACCGCACGGUCAAGCUCGUCACCGCGCUCGUGUACGUGUCGCUGCUGCUGGACAACAUCCUGCUGUCGGCCGUCGUGCCCAUCAUCCCUGCCUACCUGAUCGGCGUGCUGCUUUCCUCCAAGGCGUUCGUCCAGCUGUUGGCCAACGUGGUGGUGGGCACCGUCGUCGGCAGGCUGGGCUUCAGGCUACCGCUCGUGUGCGGCGUCGGCGUGCUGGCCCUCUCUGCCUUCCUGUUCGCCGUGGCAUCCGGCGCCUCAUCUCUACUGGUGGCCAGGGCAGUACACGGCGUGGGGUCGUCCUGCAUAGCCAUAGCAGGUCUGUCGACUGUGGCCGACCUGUACCCGAACGAACGCGAGCGGUCGCGCGUGAUGGGCCGCGUUAUGGGCGCCAUGGCCGUCGGCGUGCUCAUCGGAUACCCGUUUGGCGGACUCAGCUACGACCUGAUGGGCAAGUCGCCGCCGUUCUGGCUGCUGGCCGCCCUGCUGACCGCCAUGUUCGCGGUGCAGUACCGGCGGCUGCGGCCGCUGCCGGCCUGUGAGCGGGACGACGAGGCCGUCACCCCGCCCUGGUGGCGCCUCCUGGCGGACCGACGCAUCAACAUCGUGGCCGGCGCCGUCGGUCUCUCCACCUCCGUCAUGGCUAUCCUGGAGCCCACGCUUCCCGUUUGGCUCAUUAACACCAUACACCCACAGCUACCACAGUCGACGCGCAUGGUACACCUCGUGCUGCCGCACUUCUGCAUCGGCCUGGGCAUCGGCAUCGUGGACGCGUCGCUGAUGCCGCUGCUGGCGCGGCUGGUGGAGCGGGGUGGCCUGCAGGCCAGCUACGUGUUUGCCGUGGCAUCCGGCGCCUCAUCUCUACUGGUGGCCAGGGCAGUACACGGCGUGGGGUCGUCCUGCAUAGCCAUAGCAGGUCUGUCGACUGUGGCCGACCUGUACCCGAACGAACGCGAGCGGUCGCGCGUGAUGGGCCGCGUUAUGGGCGCCAUGGCCGUCGGCGUGCUCAUCGGAUACCCGUUUGGCGGACUCAGCUACGACCUGAUGGGCAAGUCGCCGCCGUUCUGGCUGCUGGCCGCCCUGCUGACCGCCAUGUUCGCGGUGCAGUACCGGCGGCUGCGGCCGCUGCCGGCCUGUGAGCGGGACGACGAGGCCGUCACCCCGCCCUGGUGGCGCCUCCUGGCGGACCGACGCAUCAACAUCGUGGCCGGCGCCGUCGGUCUCUCCACCUCCGUCAUGGCUAUCCUGGAGCCCACGCUUCCCGUUUGGCUCAUUAACACCAUACACCCACAGAAGUGGCAGCUGGGCUCCGUCUUCAUCCCGGACAGUCUGGGCUACCUGAUCGGCACGCACGUGUUCGGCCUCGUCGCGCUGCGGCUCGGCCGCUGGACGGAUGAGGACCGCCGACAGGGCGCAGGGCGGAUGAGGCCCGCCGACGAGACGCAGGACGGAUGA